UUUGGUGUUCUCACUGGGGUUGUGGGAGCUGGGCUGCCUGCAGACCCUUUGAGAAGUGCCUGUGAUUCCCGGGAUACCCCAAGAGUUUGGGGUUUGGCAGUCAUGGAGUUGUCCAAUAUUACAGCAUAACUCCCUCUUCUGCAGGCGUGUGCUGUAGUGCUGCCUACUGCCAUGGUAUAUAUUGAAUAUCCAAGUAGAUUGACUUUGGUAUAGAGCAGACAACCCUUACAGGUAUUCCCAGAUGGACUUGAUGGAAUAUGCAGUCCCAUCUUAGCCGUUGCUUUAGACUCUCUCUGAUACUCUUGCAAUCCCAAUGUGAUAGUUAAUGUUCCUACAGCCUUCUUUAAGCAGGAGCUGUUACCCUUCAGAACAGAGCUGCAGUUAAUGUAAGUACACAUGAGGAGUGCUGUGUGUGCUGCAGAACCUCCUCCCUGGAAUGUGGGCAGGAUUCCGUGUCGCAGCUCCGCACGGAGCCACCGCCGCUCGGGCUGUGGCGAGGCGCAGGGUGGCCAUAAAGAUAAUCGAUAAGACCCAGCUGGAUGAAGAGAACCUGAAGAAGAUAUUUCGAGAAGUUCAGAUCAUGAAGAUGCUUUGCCACCCACAUAUCAUCAGGUUAUACCAGGUCAUGGAGACGGAGCGGAUGAUUUAUCUAGUGACCGAGUACGCCAGUGGAGGGGAAAUAUUUGAUCACUUGGUGGCCCACGGCCGCAUGGCGGAGAAGGAAGCCCGGAGGAAGUUCAAGCAGAUCGUGGCUGCUGUCAACUUCUGUCACUGUCGCAAUAUCGUCCACAGAGAUCUGAAGGCAGAAAACCUGCUCCUGGAUGCGAACCUCAACAUCAAAAUAGCAGAUUUUGGGUUCAGUAACAUCUUCACCCCUGGCCAGCUGCUGAAAACCUGGUGUGGGAGCCCCCCCUAUGCUGCUCCAGAGCUCUUUGAAGGCAAGGAGUACGAUGGGCCAAAGGUUGACAUCUGGAGCCUCGGCGUGGUGCUCUACGUGCUGGUGUGCGGUGCUCUGCCCUUCGACGGCAGCACGCUGCAGAACCUGCGGGCCAGGGUGCUCAGCGGCAAGUUCCGCAUUCCCUUCUUCAUGUCCACAGAGUGUGAGCAUCUGAUCCGGCACAUGCUGGUCCUGGACCCGAGCAAGCGGCUCUCCAUGGAGCAGAUCUGCAAACACAAGUGGAUGAAGCUUGGGGAGGCUGACGCCGAGUUUGACAGGCUGAUAGCCGAGUGUCAGCACCUGAAGACCGAGAGGCAGAUGGAGCCGCUGAACGAGGACGUGUUGCUGGCAAUGGCAGACAUGGGGCUGGACAAGGAGCGCACCAUUCAGUCAUUAAGAGCAGAUGCUUAUGAUCACUACAGUGCAAUCUACAGCCUGCUCUGUGACAGGCUGAAGAGGCACAAGAACCUGCGCAUUGCACCAUCUCCCAGUAUACCGCGGACCAUGACCUUCCCCACCUCUGCCAACAUCCAGCAGACAGAACAGACAGGCAAUACCAUGAGCAUCAACGUGCCCCAAGUGCAGCUCAUCAACCCAGAAAACCAAAUUGUAGAGACUGAUGGAACGAUGAACUUGGACAGUGAUGAAGGGGAAGAGCCAUCACCUGAAGCUCUGGUCCGCUACCUCUCCAUGAGAAGGCACACAGUUGGAGUAGCUGACCCACGGACGGAGGUCAUGGAGGAUCUGCAGAAGCUCCUGCCUGGCUUCCCCCGUGUCACCCCUCAGGCUCCGUUCCUGCAGGUGACCCCCAAUGUGAACUUCAUGCACAAUGUGCUGCCUCGGCAGAACCUGCAGCCCACGGGGCAGCUGGAGUACAAGGAGCAGUCCCUGCUGCAGCCCCCCACCCUGCAGCUGCUCAAUGGCAUGGGCCCUCUGGGGCGCAGGGCGUCAGACGGCGGAGCCAACAUCCAGCUACACGCACAGCAACUGCUCAAACGUCCUCGAGGUCCCUCUCCCCUCGUCACUAUGACACCAGCUGUCCCGGCUGUCACCCCCGUGGAUGAGGAGAGCUCCGAUGGGGAGCCGGACCAGGAAGCUGUGCAGAGAUACUUGGCAAAUAGGUCAAAAAGGCACACUCUGGCAAUGACCAACCCUACAGCUGAAAUCCCUCCAGACUUGCAGAGGCAGCUAGGACAGCAGUCCUUCCGACCCCGGGCCUGGGCUCCGCACCUGGUCCCCGACCAGCACCGUUCUAUUUACAAGGACUCCAAUACUCUGCACCUCCCCACCGAGCGCUUCUCCCCGGUUCGGCGCUUCUCCGAUGGUGCUGCCAGCAUCCAGGCUUUCAAAGCCCACCUGGAGAAGAUGGGCAAUAACAGUAGCAUCAAGCAGCUUCAGCAGGAGUGUGAGCAGCUUCAGAAGAUGUAUGGUGGGCACAUGGACGAGAGGACGCUGGAGAAGACGCAGCAGCAGCACAUGUUGUACCAGCAGGAGCAGCACCAUCAGAUUCUUCAUCAGCAGAUUCAGGACUGCAUCCGGCCACCGCAGCCGUCUCCACCCUUGCAGGCUCCAUGUGAAAACCAGCCAGCUCUGCUCACUCACCAGCUUCAGAGGUUACGGAUUCAGCCAUCCAGCCCGCCCCCGAACCACCCUAAUAACCACCUCUUCAGGCAACCCAACAGCAGCCCACCUCCUGUGAGCAGCAGCGUGCUCCAGCCCCACGGUGCCACCUCCCAGUCCCAGUUCCAAGGGAUGCCGUCCCACAACACAAUCUUCCCGCAGUCCGGUAACUGUUCCCCUCCCCCAAACAUGGGGCUGACGUGCCUGGGCCUGCAGCAGCAGUCGCAGCCUCAGCAGGUCACCAUCCAAGUGCAGGAGCCCGGCGACAUGGUCAGCAGCAGCCUGGUGGCCGGGCAGUCCAUGUCCUCCCAUGCGCGGGGCAUGCCCAUGAGCCCCAGUGCCAACCAGAUGCAGAUGCAGCACCGCGCUAACCUGAUGGCCUCCCUCUCCUAUGGCCACAGGCAGUUAUCCAAGCAGCUCAGCGCCGACAGCGCCGAGUCGCACAGCCUGAACGUGAGCAGGUAUCCCCCCGCCAACUACGACCAGGUGCACUUACACCCCCACCUGUACCCCGAGCAGCCCCGCGUGUCCCCCGGCAGCUACAGCCCAGCCGCAGGAGUGGGGUUCCCCCCAGCUCAGCAAGCUCUCAAGGUCCCGCAGCUCGACCAGUACCCCAGCUUCCCGCAGAGCGCACAUCAGCAGCAGCAGCAGCAGCAGCAGCACUACACCGCAUCCGCACUACAGCAAGCACUGUUGUCCCCGACGCCUCCCGACUACAGCCGACACCAGCAGGUACCGCACAUCCUCCAGGGACUGCUUUCCCCCCGGCACUCGCUCACGGGGCACACGGACAUGCGGCUGCCCCAGUUAGAAUUUGCACAGCUCAUCAAGCGGCGGCAGCAGCAGCAGCAGCAGCAAGAAUUCCAAGAGUUGUUCAGGCAUAUGAGUCAAGGGGAUGCUGGGAACAUGGGCGCCAGCGUGGGACAGAGCCUCUCGGAGCGCCAGUCGUUGUCUUUGCCUUAUCAGAGUGCUGACACGUACCACCCACAGAGCAGCCCCCAGCAUCUCUUAAAAAUCAGGGCGCAAGAAUGUAUCCAGCAGGUACCUGCGUCAGUGCCGCCGCACGGAUACGUGCACCAGCCAGCCCUGUUCCAUUCGGAGAGCAUGGAGGAGGACUGCGCGUGCGAGGGGGCCAGGGACAGCUUUCCUGACAGUAAGACUGCAAACACAUUGACCAAAGGCUGCCACGAGAGCCCUCUGCUCGUGAGCUCAGGAGGGCACGGGGACCCAGACCCCUUGCUAGGAACUGCUAAUCACGCGCAGGAGCUGGGGACGCACCAGUACAGGCAUCAGCCCGCGGCUGCCUUCAGUAGGAGUAAGGUGCCCAGCAGAGAGUCCAUCGUAGGGAACUGUAUGGACAGGAGCUCCCCCGGCCAAGCCAUGCAGGUGCCUGACCACAACGGGCUGGGCUACCCCGUGCGACCCGCCUCCAGCGAGCACCCGCGGCCCCGGACCCUGCAGAGACAUCACACCAUCCAGAACAGUGACGAUGCCUACGUGCAGUUGGAUAACUUGCCUGGAAUGAGUUUAAUGGCAGGGAAAGCACUAAGCUCUGCUCGGAUGUCGGACGCUGUCCUCAGCCAGUCGUCGCUGAUGGCCAGCCAGCAGCUGCGUGACAGGGACAGCGAUGAAUGUGGGGAGAGUUUGGAAGGUCAAGAGCAUCCCAACCUAGGUGAUGGCAACCAGCAUCUAAACACCUCCUGUUACCCAUCGACAUGUAUUACAGACGUCCUACUGAGCUACAAGCACCCGGAGGUGCCCUUUGGGAUGGAGCAGGCAGGGGUGUAACCAGGAGGGAGUGAGUAUUCAACUUUGAAACGAAAAGGUCCAUUUUAAACCAACAGUAUCUAGCAGCAUUGCGCCAAAUUGCCGUAGUAUUUCUGACUAACUGGAAUACCAUGGCCCCUCUCCUCAUACUCCGCGCCGCCAGCCUGCCCGCCCUUUGGUUUCUUUACUUCCUUUGCCAUGUUUGCCUGGAACUCCCACCGAAACAGCCAGAGCUCCCCAUGGAGCCCGAGCACUGGGGCUGCUCGGGAGGGGUUUCGCUGCCCGGGGAGCAGGCGGGUGCGGAGCCGGUCGGAUCCCGGAUCCCUCAUCCCGUGCCAUCCUCCUGCUCUUCAUCCCUGUGCUCUGGUGAGGACGAGGACGGCGCUGGCCCCGCAGCAGAUCCCACGGCUCCGGCCGGGAGCACCCACCCCUGGUGCAAUACGCUUCUUGUCUCAUCUCGGUCUGCUUUGGUUCCUCCUCUCCGUCCGACCGUCCGUCCGUCUGUCUGUCCGUGUGCUGAAGGAUCAGCUCCUCCUGGCCCCAGCCCCGGCCUUUUCUUUUCCAACCUGCAUCCCACUUGGGGUUUUUCUUUCUCCUGGCUUUUCCGUAGGGAAGACGGAUUUUCCUUCGUCUCCUCGGCUCCUCCUCCCGACCACGUAGGAAUUGUUUUUUUGGUAAAUGUUGUUUUAUUAUUAUUGUUAUUAAUAAAAAGGCAAAAGGAA